GGUAAGUUCACCACAGCCAGCGACGUGUGGGCGUUUGGCGUCACGCUGUGGGAGAUCUUCACCCUGUGUAAGGAGCAGCCGUACAGCCUGCUGUCCGACGAACAGGUCAUCGAGAACACUGGCGAGUUCUUCAGGAACCAGGGCAGACAGAUCUUCCUCUACGGCCCGCCGCUCUGCCCGCCGUCUCUCUUCGAGCUGAUGAUGCGUUGCUGGAGUCGCGACAUACCCGACCGGCCCACCUUCGAGGGACUUUACCAAGCUUUGAGACCCCACGUCAACCAGUGAGCCGUCUCCGUCCGCCUCUGGACUCCUGACAGACUGACCGAGAGGACAGAGGACUGUCUCUGUCAGAGGGACGGACCGGACCGUGGACGCAGGGUGGGUUUACUUUGUGGUAACAGCGGCGCUGUGGUCUGAGAGACGAGACGGCGGUAGAAGGAGAAAAUGCCGGCAGACUCAGAGGAGAUCCAAACCUUUCAGUCGUGAGUGAACAAAGAUCUCUAAGCUUUUUUAAACAUUUCUUUCAUUGCUGAUUUCCCAAAUUCACCCGUCUCUUUAAAGCCCCUUUGACCAAAAUGUCUCCACGGACCUUUUGACCCAUCUUUUCUUUUCUUGUUUUGGCUCCAAAGGUGCCGUAAACGUUAUUUUCUUCUUCUCUUCGGCUUUUUAAGAUGCCCAAAACUGGACCGACCCUUCAGUCUUGGUAGUUCCUCCUGUCCCUGUGGUUUUUAUUAUUAUUGUAAAGCACUGUCUGUGUCUCUCAGUUAUUCGUGUUCACAUAUUAACCCACACUGGAGCUAGGGUUAGGGUCAAACCGUAGACUAGGUUUAUUUUUUAGAUUUUUUUUAUUCUAUUUUAUUUUUUACGGUAUUUCACUUUUGUUGGUCUUUUUUUGUGGAUUUGAAUGUUGCUCAGCUGAGGGUCACAUCACGGUGAAACCUGUGUGGUUCACAGACUGAAAAUCGGUCGGUGGGUAAUUUAGGCAAAAUCUCAAACAGAGGCAAAUUUAAACCAAUUUUUUUUAAAAAAAAAAAGUGUUGUGACUUUUAUUUGUUGCCAAAGACAUAUAAAGAAUUUAAAUUAGUGAUACUCAACUUGCUGCCCGCAGGCCAAAUUUGGCCCCUGAUAGAGUGCCAGGUGGCCAAACAUUUUUGUAAUUGACAAUAAAAAUAAAGUGAUUCAAUCUGGGAAUAGUUUUUGUCCUUUUAGUGUCUAUAUA